CUCGAAAAUUAUUUGUGGUGCAAGAUUUGCGGAGGACAUUGGUAGAGAACUCAAGUGUGUCUUCAGCUGUAGCCUUGAACACUUUGCACUGGUCAGUACACUGGAAGACAACGUGAUGUUUUACUAGAUGCCCUCGAUACGUUUUUAAGAAAAAAAGAUCACCCAAAAAUAAAAUGUCCUCAUCAUAAAAGUCUUUUGAAUUGUUGUUUAACGAUGCAUGCUCCACCCCCCGAUGGAAUGUGGUUGAAUAAAUGAGAGACUUUCGCAGUGAAUUCCUUUAAACUGCAUAGAUUGCUUAUUUUCAAUAAUUUGAUGUUUCUGGUUGGUGCACUAGAGAUCACCAUGGCAACCGUUAUGGAGAAGAUUGGGAGACCCUCUAUGCAACAGGUGAGGCGGGUUCCUCCGAUGUUUGCAGAGGUGAAGCCUCGCAUGCCUGACACUCUAAGUGACACAGAGGUUCCUCAUUUUUUCCGUGAGCGAUACGUCCACUCUGGCUACCGGCCGCUCCACCGGAAUUGGCAGUAUUACUUUUGGUCUCUUUUACAGUGUCACAACGAGACAAUAAAUGUUUGGACUCACCUACUUGGAGCGCUCUUGGUCCUGACAAGGACAGCGCAGCUUACAGAGACGGUAGAUUUCAUUAACGACACUCAUUCCUGGGCUCUUCUCAUCCUUCUCUUGUCCUCGGCGGCCUACAUGACCUUCAGCGCCUUGGCCCACUUGUUGGCAGCAAAAUCUGAAGUUUUUCAUUAUGCGUUCUUCUUCCUGGAUUAUGUAGGUGUGGCAAUGUAUCAGUAUGGCAGUGCAGUGGCUCAUUACUACUACGCUAUUGAGGAAAGUUGGCAUGAGCAGGUCAAAGGCCUUUUCAUGCCUGUCGCUAGCCUUCUGUGUUGUCUGUCCUGCUUUUGCUGCUGCUAUGGAACGUACUGGAAUUACAGCCUACCACACGGGGUUUGGAAAGUGAGCAAAGUGGUGCCUUCAGCCAUAGCUUAUAUUUGGGAUAGCAGUCCUGUUUUUCAUCGUAUUAGCCUUUGGUUACUAUCUUGGACGUGGAGUGAUUCUAGAAGCACAUCUGCUUUGAUUUUCCACUUCGGCCAAGUGGUGUUUUUUCUCUCUAGUGUUUUUUUCUUUGCUCACCCUUUACCUCAGUGCUGGUUCCCAGGUCAAUGUGACUUCCUGGGUCAGGGCCAUCAAAUAUUUCAUGUGCUGCUGGUUCUGUGUACCCUUUGCCAAAUUCAGGCUUCAUAUUUGGACUACCUCAACCGACAAAUCAUCUACAGUCAUUUCCACACUGAUAGGGAGCCAUUAUUUUUUGUUUAUCUGUAUGUGUUAACAUCGGUCAUCUGUGCUCUAAUAGCCAUGUAUAUACUUGCAAGUGUUAAAACACUGCUCAGAGAUAAAACGAAGUAAAACAUCUGAUUAGCACUUUUAUUGUAGGUCGAUGGCUUUGCACACAUUUUAGAAUAUCCGGUAGUAAUACAAUUCUCAUAAAAUUGUGGUAUAUUAACGUUUAAACUCACUUUAAACUCAUCUUGGGCACCAAAAUAACUCAUGUUGUAAAAGCUUUUCCAUAGACCGUAAAAAAGAUGGACGAUGCGUCCUCUGUUUACUUCUGCUGUGAAAAAUGUAGCCAACAUGUCCAACACAAUGACGGCAAAAGCAUAACUAUUUUAUGAUGUGGCAAAUUUGUACGAUUUAUCUUGAUCUCAUUCGUACAUAUUAGUACGAUUUGCUUCCACGCCAUUGACGUUAGAGUUAGGGGCGGGGCUUCAGUAUUGCUUUUUUUCUAGAUGUACAACGUACAGAUUCAUACGAAUAGGCCACCGAUUAAAAUAGUUACGCGUUUCCGUGAGAUCAGGUUGAAAUAUCUGAGGUAUGGCACAGUUUAGUUUGCACAGUAUAGCGAGCAUGAGGGGGAGCCGCUGUUUCAAGGUCCCGCCCAUAUUUACCCAUGACCCAAUUGUAAACGAAUAGAUCAUGUAGCCACUCCCCUUUAUGUGACUUCUUAUGCUAAAAACAAAUUAUUUAGAUAAACUAACACUUGCACAUAAAUAAGCGUGAUAAGAUUGAACUAAAAUGACAGAAAACACAUUCGGCAAAAAGUAUUUUUUAUGUUUUUAGUUCUGGUUUAGUCCUGUCUACAAGAAGAGGGCGGGGUUUAUUAGCUGGACUGCAGACAGCAAGCAGGAUUCUAUCAAACUGCAUUUGCUUUACUUUUCAAGAUUUGUGCAGCAUGUCUGUUUUUUUCUGUGAUCAUUUAUUCAUUCCUUUAAAUCAUUUGAAUGUCACUAUUCAACCUUACCAGAAAACUGACAAAUUUUAGUCAAAUCUUACUUGUAAUAAAUACUGGCUGCUGUCAAAAAAAGGAUGAAGUGAAUAAUCUUACGUUUUGCGUUUUACCCCUAAAAGUCCAUUAAAAGGAAACAGCUUAACGCAUCUUCACGCAGUUGUACUGAUUUAACAAUCAGGGAAAAGUAAAUAUCAUAUCAAACAGAAAUGAUUCUAAGUUAGGUCAUACUGAGGUAAAGAAGUAGUUUACCUUCAAAAUGACAAUUAAUGAAGCUCCACACUGUAAAGAGAUGUUGUACUGCCCUCAUGUGUUAGCUUCAUGUCAGGUUACAUGUUUCCUUAUGUCUGGCCUGAUGGUAAAAUUGUAUGUCAUCAUGAAGAAUAUAAACAAAAAUAGAGUGUUCGAGAAAAGUGAUGGAAAACUGGCAGAUCUUGAAUAUGAGCAAAAUAACAGGAAACACAUUUUUGUCAGUUUCCUUUCCUAUUCAGCCUCGUAGAGUUACGCUUGGAUUGGCCCUCCUGCCAACACACAGAUAAACCUUAUCUGAAAAACUAAACCAACUUCCCCCACGUAAAUGUUACUUUAGGCGUUUGUAUUCUGAACCGACAUUGGGAGUUUGUGUCAUAUUUUUAAAAGAACACUUCAAUCAAACAUGUUUCAUAUAUUUGUUAUAUUAUUAAUGUGCUACAUUGUUGUGACAUGACUUCAUUAUGUCACAUAUUUAAUUUGCUGAUAAAAUCUUGGACCUUGCUGACCCACAUCCACAUUUUGAGAUGUUUCUCUGAACUUUGUGAUCUGAGAAAAUUCUCAGUUAUUCAAUAUUACAAUUGUCUGUAGUAUCACUAGUUUUCAAAAUUGUUCAUUUUUUGCCGUUGUUUAUAAAUCAAGUAAAACACUUUGUUGUUUAGAACUAGCUCAAUUGCAAGUGUUAAUUGCUGUACUGUUUCUGGUUGUAAUAUUAGAAUACUUUACAUUUUUCGGCUACUUGGGUUGCAGAUUUCAUCUGGUUUGUCAUGAAAGGCCCAUAUCAAUAUGCUCUCAAUUAGAAUACGGCCAAGGAUCUAUUACCUUAGUUUUAUAAAAAGAUUUAUAUAGCUUUUAUUUGGACAAUCCCUGAUUUGCGCCGCUUCUGCAAGAAAACUGAUAAUCCAUCUGCUUCACUUCCUCCACAGAAAUUUAGGAAUUCACAAUUAAGGAAAAUUCAUCUUCUUUCCACAUACUAUAGCAAAUAUACAAAGAUCAAAGAGGCACAAACUUUCUUUUACGCUAUUAAAAUGUGUUUCUGUAAAGUAAUUUACUUUAUGAUGACCAUGUAUUGACUUAUUAUGAUUGUUUGAAAUAUAUUAUGAAUCGAUUAUGAUUGAAAUGUUGGAUGUAUUUCAGAAUUUUUUUUAAUCCUGCC